AUGCCGGCAUCUGAGGUUUCGAAUAGCAAUCAGCCAGAAGGCACCCCAGAAGAGAAAGGACGAGGACGAGCAGUUGUCGAACAUGUCUCGAAGUCAAUUCUUAAGGGCAAGGAUAUCAAGACCUUGUUCACCUUCAUCCGCCUGUUAUUCUCGCUGAACUACACCGCACUUGAUAUACUGCUCAUGGUCGUGGGAACCUUUUUUGCCAUUGCCGCAGGAGUUCCAGAGCCAUUGCUUGGUAUCGUGCUGGGUCAACUGAUCAAUGAGCUUAAUACGGUCGCCUGUUCCGCAAUGCAGUACAAUCCCUCCUCCGUCCGAACAAAAGUCCUGUACCUGAUCUACAUUACGAUCUUCAAUUUUGUGAGCAUCUACAUAUAUGCGGCAUGCUGGGCACUCGUCAGCGAGCGGCUGGCUCGUCGCUAUCGCAAGGCAUACUUCCGAAGCGUGGUCCGCCAGGAGGCAGCAUUCCAUGACAGUUUACCUUCAGGUCAGGUCAUCUCCCGGCUGGUCAGUGAUAUCGAGACGGUACAGUCCGGAACGUCCGAGAAAGUGGGCAUCUAUAUGGCGACCCUGUCGUACUUUGUUACGGCGUAUAUCGUGGCGUUUAUAAAAGUCCCAGUGAUCGCGGGCAUUCUCAUUGCCAUCGUGCCAUGUUUCUUCGCGAUGGCUCUCGUUGGCGGCCACCUCACCUCGCGGUAUGGGAGUCGCGUGGGCAAACACAUCGACCUGGCCACCUCCAUCGCAUCGUCCAGUCUGUCCCAUCUCAAGAUUGUGCAUGCCUUCAAUGCGCACCAACGCUUGGAGGAUCUCUUCUCCUCGCACCUGUCCAACUCCCAGAAGGAUGCGUUGAAAAAGGCGGCGGUACAUGCGACGCAGAUGGGCACACUCUUCUUUGUGGUCUACUCAUCUAAUGCACUAGCCUACUGGAAAGGGGCACAUUUGAUAGCGGACUCAAUCGACGGCCGCAACUCCGGUGUCUCCGUAGGCGCGGUAUAUACCGUGAUAUUUAUUCUCAUCGAUGCGUCAUUUAUCCUGAGCCAGGUUUCUCCUUAUAUGCAUGUCUUCAGUGCCGCAGCAAGUGCUUCCGAGCGCCUGUUAGAAGUGAUCAACCGCCCCUCCACUAUCGACGGCACCUCCGACACGGGGGGGAAGUGUGCAGAUCUUCGCGAGGAAGAAAUCAAAUUCAACGACGUGCACUUUACGUAUCCGGCUCGAUCAGAGAAUCCCGUCUUGCAGGGUGUUACUUUUUCAAUUCCUCCUAGACAGCACACUGCUAUUGUUGGUCCCUCCGGAGGAGGCAAGUCCACUAUUGUCGCCCUCUUGGAACGAUUCUACGACCCGUCUACAGGAAGUAUCUGUAUUGGCCCACAGGAUAUUCGGCACGUCAACGUGGCCAAUCUCCGAGGGCAAAUGGGCUUUGUCCAGCAAGAGUCGCAGCUCUUGAAUCGGUCAAUCCUGGAGAAUAUCGCAUAUGGCCUGGUCGGGUCAGUGGAGCAUGAAGACUUGGUGGAGGUGAUCCUGGAUAUGAGUCUCACCGGCGUCGUGGCUGAGAUUCAAUCAGGAUGCACGGAAGAGGAAGUCAUCAGAAACUGUGAUCCCAGAAUCUCCGAGAUUUUCAGACGGGCGAAGGUGGCAGCGGACAAAGCCAAUGCUCUUUCGUUCAUCGAAACACUGCAAUUCGGAAUAGCAACUAGUGUGGGCACCGCGGGUGGCCAGCUCAGUGGUGGCCAACGGCAACGCAUUGCCCUCGCCACUGCCCUUAUUCGUGAGCCCAAACUGCUCAUCCUGGAUGAGGCAACAGCGGCACUCGAUUCAAUGAGCGAACAGCUGAUUCAGGCCGCCCUGCUGAAGGUAUCUGGAACCACCACGAUUGUCUCUAUCGCGCACCGCUUAGCAGCCGUUAAGGAUGCCGACCAAAUUGUGGUCAUAGAGAAAGGCCGUGUGGCUGAAUAUGGCUCUUCCCAGCAACUACUGGAUAGUGGUGGCAUGUAUGCAAAGAUGAUUGGUUUGCAGAGAAUGGACAAUGCGGAAGCUGAUGGCGCGAAGGCGUUAGCCAGCCGUGCUAACACCCUUACUGGUUCCGAAACCCUGGAGUCAACUAUUGACGAGAAAGCUGUCCUGCAGGAGAAGCAGGAAGUCGACUUGACUACGGAUCAGCCAUCAGGUGAAGCCAAGAGGACAUCUAGUACCGUGCACGCACCCGAAGAAGAGAUUCCGACUCGAUCAAAGCGCCUCACCACGAGAAUAUACUUCUCAUUCAUUCGCCCCAAUCUGCUACUUAUUAUCCUAGGGCUGGGUAUGUCCGUAAUUAUCGGUGGGAGCUACAGUGCAAACGCAAUUCUGUUUGGGAAUACUGUCGGAGGACUUAGCCCAUGCAAGGGUACACCCAACAUCCGACACAGUGGGAACUUGUUUGGCCUUAUGUUUUUUAUCGUGGGGCUUAUCGAGCUUUUUGCAAACAUUAUGGGUGGAUGCGCGUAUGGAUGGGCCGCAGACCAGACAUUAUAUCGGGUCCGCGUGGCCUCACUUCGAUCACUCCUGAGCCAGAGCUUGACAUGGCAUAGUACUGGUGGGCGAAGUCCGGGAACACUUAUUGCAUAUAUCACAGGAGACGCGUCGGCUAUUAGUGGCUUGACCGGAACCACUAUUGGGCUUCUCCUCGCGACCACUGUGAAUCUCUUUGCGGGUAUAAUCAUCUCGUUCAUCGUAGCAUGGAAAAUAUCCAUCGUGCUGGUGCCCACAAUACCAGUUCUCCUAUUGGCUGGAGUGAUGAAACUGCGAGUGCAGAGUCAAUUUGCCGAACGGCACAAGAAGGCAUUCUCCCGGGCCACGGAGAUCACAGUCGAAGCGCUUGGGAACUUGCGUUUCGUUGCCGGAUUCUCGCUGGAGAAACAGCUCUACCGGGAGUUCCUAUUCUCUAUCCAGGGACCAUACCAAAGGACCAUGAAGGCUAUUACCUGGGGAAACUUCUGGUUGGCAGCGGCAUUUAGUGUUAGUAACCUCAUCAGCGCCCUUGCGUACUGGUGGGGCUCUAAACAGAUUGCCUCGGGACUAUACUCGCAGUCGCAGUUCUUCAUCGUUUUGCCGGCUUUACUGUUCAGCACACAGUCAUGCGGCCAGAUGUUAGCCUUGGCCCCUGAUCUGUCGAAGGCAGGGAAGGCGGCAUCGCGGAUCGUUGACCUCGUGAGUACACACUCCAACGAACGGGAAUUCGGCGGUGGCGAUGUCCAUCGGGCCCUGAUAUCUGGACCGGGAAAGUCGGAUGCGGACAUUGAGGCAAAUGAGCGUUCCGAAUCCGCGUCCUGUGGAACUGGCCAAAUGCCAGUGGGGGCAGAGCUCCGGGACGUGGAGUUCUCAUACCCUACAUCACCGGAUACCCCCAUCCUCAAGGGCUUGACCGUCACAUUUGAACCAGGGAGAUUCUAUGCACUCGUUGGGCCGAGUGGCUCCGGUAAAUCCACUAUCUUUGCUAUGUUAGAACGUUUCUACUAUCCCUCUGCUGGAUCGAUUUUCAUCAACGGCCAGGAUGUGACCCGUGUCUUGUCGACUAACUUUCGGGACGACAUUGCUAUCGUGCCUCAAGAGAAUGUGCUUUUUGAGGGAACAGUAGCGUUCAAUAUUGCCCUGGGGGCAAGACCGGGGUAUACGCCAACACAGGCCGAGAUUGAGGAGGCGUGUAAACUGGCUCACAUUCACGACGUGAUCGCGGAGCUGCCUCAGGGAUACGAGACGAUCUGUACAAAUGCCGGGAAGCAGUUCUCCGGAGGACAACGGCAGCGUCUCUCGAUUGCCAGGGCCUUGAUCCGCAAGCCCGGCCUCUUACUGCUCGAUGAAUCCACGAGCGCCCUGGAUGGUGAGUCGGAAGGCAAAAUUCAAGACGCCUUGUCGGGAUUUAUGGGCAAGACGACUGUUGUUGCCAUUGCGCAUCGUUUGCGGACUAUCUAUCGUGCGGACCGGAUUUUCCUUAUCCAGGGGGGUCGGUGUGUGGACCGUGGGACUCAUACGGAGCUGAUUGAGCGGAGUGAAAUGUAUCGCGAGAGUGUGCUGCAUCAGUCGCUCGAUGUCUGA